AUGGCACCAGAAGCGCAAACCAACUGGAUUCCGUACCUUUUCGCGGCAGGAAUCCUCCUUUGGUGUUCCAUGAGCAUCGGACACACCAUUUUCGCCAUGAAAAAUCAGGACUACGAAUCGCAGACGGGAAAUCUCAACGGGGUUAGAAAAAAUGUCCCGAUGAUUCGUUUAGUCCGAUGGUUUGGCGUGCUAACAAUCGGACUAUUUUUGAUGAUGUUGAUUACUUUACCUUGGAGUUACUACAUGGGUGAAUUGGCUCCCAAUUUUAUUAGCGCGUGCAAACCAGCCCAGCUUGACCUUCUAUGCCACUGCCCCUACGAUCGCCGUUCGGUUGACGUCGUCUGCACAACACCGGCGGAAUUAUGGUUCCCUUCGCGGUCGUCUUUCCUGCCGACAUCCGUCACUCUCCAAUCGUACCUGAUGUUGACGACACUUUUUUUCGUAAUAGUGCACAUGAGCUGGUCGGGAGCGAUGCGGUACAUGAAUUCAUUUUCAAUGUUACUCUGUGUACUCUUGUCCUGGGGAGUAGGAUACAGCGCAGUUCAACGCAAUGAGGCCGAUUGGAUCAACACGGUUUUCGGAUUUUUCAUCGGAAUGAUUUCUUCUUUCUUCUCCGUCAUGUUGAAUGCCCGUUGGAUGAAUUUGGAUGUCGAGCAGAAACUUCCGCGCAAUUGGAACGACUUCCCUCCAACCACUCAGAAUCCUCUGCUGUCUAAAAAUAAAGGAAACGGACAAGAACUUUCGACAUCAUGGGAAUAUCUACCGAAUCCAUCGCCUGUCCAUUAG